AUGGCCGCUUACGAGGACCUGAAAUCGGCGACCGAGGGCUGGUAUUGCCGCCCUCUUCCUGCACCAAUGGUAACGGGCGUGCUGCCCCGUGGAGAAAUCGAGCCUUUUCUCGAACUCACGGACGACAUCGGGGCCAACGAGAACCCACUGGUGCACUACAUUGAUUUCAUCGCGGGGCAUAGAGACCCAGUCCCCCCCGAGCUCGACGAGCAAUACAAGGCGGCCUGGAAGGACGACAGCUACCACAAUCUGCCGCCACCGUUCGGGUUCAAGACGGCGCCGCAACACCACAUGACGCUGCAGAUUUGUAUCCUUGACGCCCCCGACGGCACGAAGACCAUAAUCAAACACUGCGUCAUCCCCAACAAGGCGAAGACGGCCGUCUUCGCCAGCAUGGCUUUCGGGAGCGUCAAGAAGCUCUGCUUCCAGCAUCCCAAGGUGGGGGUCAAGGUCUGGCAAUACGCCUUCGAGCGGUUCGGAGGCAAACAGUGUCGGGCUUUCUUCUUAUCGCCAGACGUCAAGACGGCCACCAAGGUGAACGAGUUCUACGAGCUCUCGGACGAGGAUAUAAACGCUGGCUUCGAAUACAUCCUGAAGAACGCGCCUCGCUCCACGGCCGAGCUCAAGCAGCUGGUAUGGCAGACGAAGGCGCCACGCAAAGGCGCCCCCCUCUACGGCUGGCCCGUCCCCCUGGUGGCGAAGGCGUUGAGCGGGCUCGCGGCGGAGGGCGCGCUUGCAAAGAAGGAGUUCGAAAACAACGUGAUCCUCUGCGAGGACCACUUCAACCUUCGCGUUCUCGAAGCCAUGCAGGUGCUGAUCAACAGCAACGAUUCGCUUGUCCUCAUUGGGGAGCCCAACAUCGGCAAGACGCCGCUCGGGCGCGCAUUCCUGAUGGCAAUGUGCCGCAGGAACGCGCGGGUCCGCGGAUUGGACCCCGCGGGUUGUUGCAUCCGCGUCACGCCUGAGAUCGAUUUCUUGCGAGGCGAGCCCGGCGACAUUCUCAUGGGGGACUUUGUGGACGAUGGCUGCUUGAAUCUCCUCCCGCCCAAGAUGGUGAAGGCCUUGCUCGACGUCGGCCAGUGCGAGAGCAUGUGCUGGGCCAGGUGGGGCGCAACGAAAUGGAAGAAGGGGGAGCCUCGGUGCUUGGCGGACCAGACUUACGAUCCGAAAGCCGAGAAGCUGGACCGCUGGCCCUCCGUGAAGUUCCAGGAAUUCUUCGAGCUCGUGCGCCCUGCCUUCUCCGAGAAGGCGACCCGCGCAUGCAUGCUGGCUUUCUUCAAGCGUUCUGCGUUUCUGGUGAAUACCCAGGAAUACCUCGACUGGCGCCCAGCAGGCACUGAGGAGAAAGAUGUUCCGCGCAUUAACUUCAAGGGCGAGACCUUCCUGACGGCCGAGGGGAAGCGCCUGUACCUACUGCAGAAGGACGGCGACAUGACCCCGCCCGCCAAUAUCCAGCAGCUCUUGGAGAAGGAGCGGCUCCUCGUGGACUCCGCCGUGGAGAAGAACCGCAAGAAGUCCUCAGACGCGGCCCUCGGUUCUUUGCCAGCCCCGUCGUUCGUCCAGGUUUGGGGGUUCAAAGAUGCGGCCCUGCGGGGCGGGGUCCUAGGGCUGAGGGAGCACUUCAACGUGAAGCGAGAGCGCGUGUCCCCUGAGCGCCUGACGUUUCGGAAGCGCCUGCUCUCGGGGAUGACGCUCAAUGUCGACAGCCCGUCCCCCGCCAAGCAACAUGCCGCGGCGUCGUCCACUGCGUCUGGGCCCGCGGCCCCGCCCCGCGACGAUCUCGAGGUCCAGCUCUCGCAGAUGCUGGCCGAGGAGGGGGCGCCCGCUGUGCCUGCGAUGCCCUCGGCUGCGGAGGAGGACGAGGUGCGGCGCGCGGGUUUCGCGGGCAGCGAUGGCACCCUCAGCUCGGGCGCUGAUGCCGCGCGCGCUGCCGAGGCCAGGGGUCGAAGCCGCACGCGAGGGCAGCGCUUCCCCCAGAAGCGUCGCAACAAGCGGUCGGUGCAGGCCGCCUCGCGCCGCCGCGACAUUUUGGCCAAGGCGCGGACGGCGCGCAAGGCGGCCCAGGCCAAACGCAAGCGCUUGGAAGCCACGGGCGUGUUCUACACGCCCAAGCGCCAGCGGGUGUCCCGCGUGCGGCGCGGCAGGUCUUCCUUAGCCAAGAUCUACACGUACGAGGACCUCAGGGCUCUGAAGACCAAGGAUGCUUACGACUUGAUGGUCCAGGCGGGGUACCUCGGCGACCCCUCCGAGAACGUUUGCCCCAGGUGCGGAUGGCCAUUGGGUUCGGUGAUUCACAGGGGCGAGAAGCGGCAUCCAGUCCAGAGGUGUCAGCGCAAGGCCUGCUCGUCGUCCUCGGUGCAGGUGAAGGUCACGAGCGGCACGUGGGCGGAUGUGGAAGUGCCUCUCCCGAAGCUGGCGGGCGUCGCCUUCCUGUCGUGCGGCGCCCUGACGCCCCGCAUGAGUACAGCCGACAUGGCGCUGAUUGCCAAGAUGGGCCACAAGCAGUGCGAGGCGGUCAGGCAGAGUUUGCUGGAGAUCGUCUCGGCUGCUUCGAGGGAAGAGCAGAAGUCGAUCGUGCUGAGCGGCCAGUGCGAGACCGACGCCACGACCCUGCGGGUCGUCCAGCUCAAGAACGGGCGCUACAUGCACAUCCGCGUGUUCGGCAUGUGCAAGCGCGGAGACCACGAACACGCCGUCGUGCACAUGCUGCCGCCCUUCUAUGCGGUCCGUGGCGGCCCGACGCGCCCCGAGAGCACGGAUGAGACCGCGCCGCUGAUCUCAGCUCACACGGGGGCCGACGUGCUGAUCUGGCACACAGACGGAGCGCGGUGCUACCGCCGCCUCGAGAACCACACGAAGGUCAAGCACGCCAAGCGCAUCUGGGCGACUGUCAAGACGCUGACCCUGAGCGGGGGCGACGUCCUGUGCUGCUACGGCGGGACGCAGCUCCAGGACGGGCUGUGGUCGCACGUGAAGAACGUCGUCCCAACCACGAUGAACACGUACAGCAAGGAGUCGCAGGCGCAGCUCGAGAAUUGGGUGCACUUCUGGGCGUGGCGCUACAGGCGCGCCAGCUGUCCAGAUAUGUUUCUCGAGCUCGGCUCGGCCGUCGCCAUGGCCAGGUUGAAGGGCCACGUCUGGUGA